CGAAUUAUUUGCUUCCGCUUCCUGUGUUACUCUCGCAUUUCCCGACGAAUUUAUUUUGUGAUUCUUCAUCGAAAUGUCAUUGCAAUCAUCCCGGGGAGCAGACGAAGAGGGGGAUUUUGGAGUAAAGGAAGCGGCUGAUGUUCAAGAGGAACCAGAGGUAGAUUCCAAGAUGGUCGAUGGAAAGGAGAUGGAAGGAGUUCGGGAUUCCGAGGUGGAAUUUGGAGCCUAUUCGGAUAAUUAUCGUUACGUAUUCUACAGGGACAGGAAAGAAUGGGCAGAUGUGAUCCCAUUGCCACAAGAUGAUGGACCUAACCCAGUCGUUCAGAUUGCAUACAGUGAAAAGUUUAGAGAUGUAUAUGACUACUUCCGGGCUGUACUUCAGAAGAAUGAAAAGAGUGAAAGAGCUUUCAACCUGACAACUGAUGCCAUUGAGCUGAAUGCUGCAAACUACACUGUAUGGCAUUAUCGUAGAGUCCUCUUACACGCGUUACAGAAGGAUCUGAACAAAGAAAUGAAUUACAUCAGUGCAAUCAUUGAGGACCAACCAAAGAAUUACCAAGUGUGGCAUCAUAGAAGAGUGCUUGUGGAACUAUUGAAGAAUCCCUCUCAAGAGAUGGAGUUUGUUGCUGAGAUAUUAAACCAGGAUACAAAGAAUUAUCAUGCAUGGCAACAUAGACAGUGGGUUAUUCAGGAGUUUAACUUGUGGGACAGUGAACUACCGUAUGUGGAUUUGCUACUUGCCAGAGAUUUCCGAAAUAACUCUGCCUGGAACCAAAGAUACUUUGUCAUCUCUAAUACGUCUGGGUAUAGUGAUCCACAGAUACUAGAAAGAGAAGUCCAGUAUGCCUUGGAAAUGAUCAAAGUAGCUCCUCAUAAUGAAAGUGUGUGGAACUAUCUCCGUGGCAUUCUACAAGAUCGAGGGAUGUCUGAAUACCCAAACAUUUUGGAGCAUAUGCGUGACUUACAGCAGACCCACAGUUCUCCUUUCCUUUAUGCGUUUCUUGUAGACCUCUAUGAUGACAUGCUGGAGAAGAAAUGUCAGAAUGUUGAUGACAUCCUUAAUCAGGCAGUAGAGCUCUGUGAACUGCUUGCAAAGGAAAAAGACACUAUAAGGAAGGAGUACUGGCGGUACAUUGGGGGGUCUUUAAAGCUCAAAUACGGCACAAGUGCUGAUGACAAAGAGCCUCAACCGCAUAAUGAUGAAGCCAUUCAACCUUAACGCUUUGAAUAGAUUUAAAUUCUAUGUACCAACUAUUAGAUAAAGUAACAAACAGGAUUAAGUGCUACUGGUUCUUAGUAUAAAUGUAAGCUCUGUCUCUUAAACGCUUGCUCAAACCAUAACUGUAAACACAGACAGCCUCUUUAGUCGACUGGAUUUUGCAUAGAAUGCUCAAUUAAUUAGUUAAGACCUGGCAAAUACUUGUGUAAAGGAUUACACCUUACUGAGAACAGAAUUUGGAAACUUAGAAAGAAGCCCAUGAUAACUCCUUAGUACAGGCUGUGAAUAUAUCUAUUAAUGCACUGAUUACCCAACAUUCUCGGUACAAAUACCUUGUAUAAGCAUUAAAAUCCAGAAACAUCUAUUUAAGCAUUGCCUGGUUAUCGGGUAAUGCCUAAAUGGCCAAAAACUACCUACUGUAAAUAAACUGUUGAACAAUGUAAUAGUUUUACUAUGUCUGAGUAAUGCCUUGAUAAAAU